CAGGCCGCAGCGGAACAAAGGAAGUGCUGGGCCUCAGCACUGAGUUCGGCGGGACGGCGCUAGCCCCGCCCCUCGCCGACGCACGUGCGCAGUUCUCGGUCUACAGGGGCCGGCGGUAUGGCCGCGUAUGACGUACCGCCGUACAGCGGCGCGUGAUGACGCAGGGGCGUGCGCUCGGAGACUCGUCGGGGAAGAUGGCGGCUGCUCCUGUGGAGGAGAGGGGUUGAGAGAGGUGAAGGAAGGUGGCUAGUCGGAAGAGGUGUUCUUUGACAGCGAAGACGGACGUUGCGCUUGCCCUUAGGAGCUCUGCUCCGCGCUAGACGUUUUGGUUGCAUCACGUGACUAAGAUUAUACAUGAAGAUACUAUGUGAGCAGUUGGGACAAGAAACAGAAUUACAUGCUCUAGAAGGAAAACAUCACGAUGGCUACAGAAAUUGGCUCUCCUCCACGUUUUUUCCAUAUGCCAAGGUUCCAGCACCAAGCACCUCGACAAUUGUUUUAUAAGCGACCUGAUUUUGCACAGCAGCAAGCAAUGCAGCAGCUUACCUUUGAUGGGAAACGAAUGAGAAAAGCUGUAAACCGAAAAACCAUAGACUAUAAUCCAUCUGUAAUUAAGUAUCUGGAGAAUAGAAUAUGGCAAAGAGACCAGAGAGAUAUGCGGGCUAUUCAGCCUGAUGCAGGUUAUUACAAUGAUUUAGUCCCACCUAUAGGAAUGUUGAGUAACCCAAUGAAUGCAGUAACAACAAAAUUUGUUCGGACAUCAACAAAUAAAGUAAAGUGUCCAGUAUUUGUUGUGAGAUGGACUCCAGAAGGAAGACGAUUGGUCACUGGAGCUUCUAGUGGAGAGUUCACCUUGUGGAACGGACUCACUUUCAAUUUUGAAACAAUAUUGCAGGCUCAUGAUAGCCCAGUGAGGGCCAUGACUUGGUCACAUAAUGACAUGUGGAUGUUGACAGCUGACCAUGGAGGAUAUGUGAAAUACUGGCAGUCGAACAUGAACAACGUCAAGAUGUUCCAGGCACAUAAGGAGGCGAUUAGAGAGGCCAGUUUCUCACCCACGGAUAAUAAAUUUGCUACAUGCUCUGAUGACGGCACUGUUAGAAUCUGGGACUUUCUUCGUUGCCAUGAGGAAAGAAUUCUCCGAGGCCAUGGUGCUGAUGUGAAAUGUGUAGACUGGCAUCCAACCAAAGGGUUAGUUGUUUCAGGAAGUAAAGAUAGUCAACAACCAAUCAAGUUCUGGGAUCCUAAGACUGGUCAGAGUCUGGCAACACUUCAUGCUCAUAAAAACACAGUAAUGGAAGUUAAAUUAAACCUCAAUGGCAAUUGGCUGCUCACAGCAUCACGUGACCACCUCUGUAAACUUUUUGAUAUCCGAAACCUGAAAGAAGAGCUCCAAGUAUUUCGAGGUCAUAAGAAAGAAGCCACAGCGGUAGCCUGGCAUCCAGUUCAUGAGGGGCUUUUUGCCAGUGGAGGAUCUGAUGGUUCUUUGUUGUUCUGGCAUGUUGGAGUGGAGAAGGAGGUGGGUGGGAUGGAGAUGGCCCAUGAAGGGAUGAUCUGGAGUUUGGCUUGGCACCCUCUCGGACAUAUCCUCUGCUCCGGCUCAAAUGACCACACUAGCAAAUUCUGGACUCGAAACCGACCAGGUGACAAAAUGAGAGAUCGAUAUAAUCUAAAUCUAUUACCUGGAAUGUCUGAAGAUGGAGUAGAAUAUGAUGACCUUGAACCUAAUAGCCUGGCAGUAAUUCCAGGAAUGGGAAUUCCAGAACAACUAAAGUUAGCAAUGGAACAAGAGCAGCUGGGGAAAGAUGAAUCAAAUGAAAUUGAAAUGACAAUUCCUGGUUUAGAUUGGGGAAUGGAGGAGGUAAUGCAAAAGGAUCAGAAAAAAGUACCCCAGAAGAAAGUCCCUUAUGCAAAACCUAUUCCUGCUCAGUUCCAGCAGGCUUGGAUGCAAAAUAAAGUUCCAAUUCCUGCUCCAAAUGAGGUUCUGAAUGACAGGAAAGAGGACAUUAAGUUGGAAGAGAAGAAGAAAACACAAGCAGAAAUUGAGCAAGAAAUGGCUACAUUGCAGUACACCAAUCCACAGCUCUUGGAGCAACUUAAAAUUGAACGACUUGCACAGAAGCAGGCUGAGCAGAUUCAGCCUCCUCCCUCAUCCGGUACCCCUCUCCUUGGACCCCAGCCCUUUCCAGGACAAGGCCCAAUGUCUCAGAUUCCUCAAGGCUUUCAGCAGCCUCAUCCAUCGCAGCAGAUACCAAUGAACAUGGCGCAGAUGGGGCCUCCAGGCCCGCAAGGACAGUUUAGACCCUCUGGACCCCAGGGACAAAUGGGACCACAAGGUCCUCCACUGCACCAGGGAGGUGGGGGGCCACAAGGGUUCAUGGGACCACAGGGGCCCCAGGGCCCACCCCAAGGGUUGCCACGGCCUCAGGAUAUGCAUGGGCCCCAGGGAAUGCAGAGGCAUCCUGGACCUCAUGGCCCUUUGGGACCUCAAGGGCCCCCUGGACCACAAGGUGGUGCUGGUCCUCAAGGUCCUCUGGGUCCCCAGGGUCACAUCGGCCCUCAAGGUCCACCUGGUCCCCAAGGCCACUUGGGCCCACAGGGGCCUCCUGGUACUCAAGGGAUGCAGGGACCACCUGGUCCCAGAGGAAUGCAAGGACCUCCUCACCCUCAUGGGAUACAAGGUGGACCAGGAUCUCAAGGGAUCCAAGGUCCUGUGUCUCAGGGACCUCUGAUGGGUUUGAAUCCAAGAGGGAUGCAGGGGCCCCCAGGCCCCCGGGAAAAUCAAGGUCCUGCUCCUCAAGGCAUGAUGAUGGGCCACCCUCCGCAGGAAAUGAGAGGACCGCACCCCCCUGGUGGACUGCUGGGACACGGCCCUCAGGAAAUGAGGGGUCCUCAGGAGAUGCGCGGCCUGCAGGGGCCUCCACCGCAGGGAUCUAUGCUGGGCCCUCCCCAGGAGCUGAGAGGGCCUCCCGGCUCUCAAGGACAGCAGGGUCCUCCCCAGAGUUCCAUGGGACCGCCACCCCAGGGUGGCAUGCAGGGGCCCCCUGGGCCUCAGGGACAGCAGAACCCAGCAAGAGGGCCUCAUCCAUCGCAAGGGCCAAUACCAUUCCAGCAGCAGAAAACGCCUCUGCUAGGUGAUGGACCCCGGGCCCCCUUCAAUCAGGAAGGACAGAGCUCAGGCCCUCCACCCCUGAUACCAGGCCUGGGGCAGCAGGGAGCACAAGGCCGUAUUCCCCCUCUGAACCCUGGACAAGGACCUGGCCCUAACAAAGGUGAAUCCCGUGGCCCUCCCAACCAUCACCUGGGCCCGAUGUCAGAAAGACGGCAUGAGCAGAGUGGUGGCCCUGACCAUGGGCCUGAGAGAGGGCCUUUCCGGGGUGGCCAGGACUGCAGGGGUCCCCCAGACAGGCGUGGCCCUCACCCUGAUUUCCCAGAUGACUUCAGACCAGAUGACUUCCAUCCCGACAAGCGCUUUGGCCACCGGUUGCGGGAGUUUGAGGGUCGAGGAGGACCUUUACCACAAGAAGAGAAGUGGAGGCGAGGGGGGCCUGGGCCACCAUUUCCCCCUGAUCACAGGGAAUUCAGCGAGGGGGAUGGCCGGGGUGCAGCCCGAGGCCCACCAGGGGCAUGGGAAGGCCGCAGACCUGGAGAUGAACGAUUUCCCCGGGAUCCCGAGGACCCUCGUUUUCGAGGGCGCAGAGAAGAAAGCUUCAGAAGAGGAGCCCCCCCAAGACAUGAGGGCCGAGCUCCCCCCAGAGGACGGGAUGGCUUUCCAGGUCCCGAAGACUUUGGUCCAGAGGAGAGUUUUGAUGCUUCUGAUGAAGCGGCCCGAGGACGAGAUCUCCGAGGACGAGGUCGGGGUACCCCACGAGGAGGAAGGAAAGGUUUACUGCCUACUCCUGAUGAGUUCCCUCGCUUUGAAGGAGGACGGAAGCCAGACUCGUGGGACGGAAACCGAGAGCCAGGGCCAGGUCAUGAACAUUUUCGUGAUCCCCCCCGCCCUGAUCACCCCCCUCAUGAUGGCCAUUCUCCAGCCAGCCGAGAACGGUCCUCUUCUCUCCAAGGCAUGGAUAUGGCUUCCCUACCACCUCGAAAGCGCCCCUGGCAUGAUGGGCCAGGUACUUCUGACCACAGAGAAAUGGAGGCCCCAGGGGGCCCUUCUGAAGACCGACAAAGCAAAGGCCGAGGGGGCCCAGGACCCUCCCAGAGAGUGCCAAAAUCUGGGCGCUCCAGUUCCUUGGAUGGAGACCACCAUGAUGGAUACCACAGAGACGAACCUUUUGGGGGCCCUCCGGGCAGUGGCACCCCUUCUCGAGGGGGCAGGAGUGGCAGUAACUGGGGCAGAGGGAGUAACAUGAACUCUGGGCCUCCAAGGAGAGGCGCUUCAAGGGGUGGUGGUGGAAGGGGUCGGUAGAAGAGGAGGCUAAAUACCCCUAGGCCUCUCUGGACAGUGUUUAAGAAUUUGUGCAGACUUAGCAAGCAAAGCCUGCGUGCAACAGUGUAGCUCUGAACUCUUGUGAGAGUCCCAGGAGCCCUGUUGAGGUCUUGGAGAUGAAGAAGCUGCCACUAGCCACCUAGACUGGCCGGCUGUUUUGUCCUGUCCACCUUCAUUGCUCCGACUCCAUGUUGUUUUGUGAAGAUAAAAGCUGGAAUCCACCCCUCCCCCCUUUUUUUUAAGUGAACAAGACAUGGGGCACCUCUACAAAUUUAAGUUCAUGUCCAAUUGGAAAUUUGUUUCUAUAUGUACAGUUUGUCAG